UCUAUAUCGAUUACAGUCAUGAGCGCUCUUAGAUAUAGGCAGUCGCGAUGAGCUUGACUUCUCCAUCAUCUACAACCAUGACCGUGUCUGUGACCACCAAUGAGAGCAAGGUCGACGUCCUCAUCGUCGGCGCAGGCCCAGCGGGGCUCAUGCUCGCCACACAACUGUCCAAGCUUAAGAUUGACACGCGCAUCGUCGACAAGAUGGCCCACCCUGUGCUACGCGGGCACGCGGACGGGUUGCAAUGUCGCACAGGCGAGGUGUUUGAGGCACUCAACGUCCACAGAGAGUUCGACGCCGAGACACAUGAGUGCGCUGAGGUGAUCAUUUGGGACCCAGACCAGAACGGCGGCAUUCACGAGACAUCGCGGGUUGUGGACACUGUGCCGGGAAUGUCGCGUGUGCGGCACGUCAAUCUUGGGCAAGACCGCGUCGAGGCAAUCUUCAUCGAUGCGAUGAAGAAGGCCAACAAUCUCGAGGUCGAGCGCCUCACUUCCCCCACGUCGUUCACCGUUGACGAGACCGCGCUGGACGACAACGACGCUUUCCCUAUCACAGUGACGCUCAAGAAGCUGCCCCCGCCCGCCGAGUGGGCCAACGGUGACGUGAAGUCGGGCAUGUACCGCUCCAACCUUUUCACCGAUGAGUCUCAAACGGCCAGCAACGCUGUUGAGGCCGACCACAGUGGCGAGGAGACUGUGCACUGCAAGUACCUCGUGGGAUGCGACGGUGCCCGGUCAUGGGUGCGCAAGAACCUUGGGCUUGAGCUCAAGGGCGACUCCGCCAAUGUCUACUGGGGCGCUUUCGACGCAGUCGUUGACUCGGACCUGCCCACCACACGUAUGAAGAACGUCAUACACUCCAAAGACGCAGGUACCGUUCUCAUGGUCCCCCGCGAAGACGGUAUGGUUCGCGUUUACACGCAAAUGGGCGAGCUCAAGCCGGGAGAGCGCGUGGACCGCGCGGCCGUGACCAUCGAGAAGCUGAUGGAAAAGACCCAGCAAGUGCUCAAGCCUUACCGCAUCGACUUCCCCUACAUUGACUGGUACACGUGCUACGAGAUCGGGCAACGCGUGUGCGACACGUUCAGCCAAUACAAGGACCAUAUCCUGAUUGCGGGUGACGCGUGCCACACGCACUCGCCCAAGGCCGGGCAGGGUAUGAACGUUUCGAUGAUGGACACAUUCAACCUGGGGUGGAAGCUCGCAUCGGUUCUGCGUGGCCAGGCAAAGCGCGACAUUCUGCACACGUACCAGCUCGAGCGGCAAAAGACGGCGCAUCAGCUUAUCGAGUUUGACCGCAAGUUCUCGGCGCUGUUCACGGGCAAGGCUAAGACGGCCGAGCGCGCGGGUGUGUCGCCCGAGGAGAUGCGAAAAGCGUGGGAUGACUCGAUCAGGUUCACCUCGGGCACGGGUGUCGUGUACGAGCCCAACAUGAUAGUCGGCAAGGCCAACCCAUGGCUCGCGAAGAACAUCACCGUCGGCAGCCACUUUGAGAACCACCAGGUCGUCGGUGCGUUCAACGCACACGCCCUCCAACUGCAGGGGCGGCUCCUGGCCGACGGGCGCUGGCGCAUCGUCAUCUUUCCUGGCGACAUCCGAAACAAGGACAACUUCGCCGCUCUCAAGGCGCUCGGCGACGCCCUCGGCUCGAAGUCCGGGCCGGCGCCCAAGUACACGCCCAAGGGCGAGGAUCUUGACAGCGUCAUCCAGACGCUCACAGUUUUUGCCACACCCCACCGCGAGGUGCAGUACGCGGCUCCAACUCUCCCCUCCAUCCUGCAGCCCACCAAGAAGCCACACGGCAUCAAGGACUUUGACUGCUUCAUGUGCGACGAGCCGUCCUAUCACUCCGGUGAAGGCAAGGCGUACGCCGGCUAUGGCAUCGAUCCCGCUGUGGGGUGUGUCGUCGUUGUCCGCCCAGACCAGCACGUCUCAGGCGUAUUUGCGAUGGACGAGGCCAAGGAGAUAUCUGACUUCUUCGAUUCGUUCAUGAUCGCUCCCAGUCCCAAGAGCUAGCAAUAUAGCAGCAGUUGUAUGGUAGUCGGUAGGGUGCAUGCAGUUGUUCAGAAG